AUGUCUCCGGUUGAAAUACUUUCUGCUUUGAACCCACUCGACCACUUCAUUUCAAGCAACUUCCAAAAAUUACCAGGAAAUUCAGACGCCUCUUUCGACCCCGUGAUCCAGGACCUGUCAGCAUUGAUUGACAAUCGGCUAGAUGAUGACAAAAUAUUUUCUUGUCUCCCCCCACUGUUUAGGGGACACCCCGAAAUCCAUCUUCGCAAGGGCAUCAUAGAUGCCGCAAUGCGGGCUGGUGCCAACGAGGUUGAUGCAGAAAGAGCCUUUUUCGUGGCUGAUCUGAGCCAAGUCUAUCGCCAACAUGAGCGAUGGAUGAAGAAUCUUCCAGAGAUUACCCCGCAUUACGCGAUCAAGUGCAACCCGGAUCCAUACGUUAUCAGGCUUCUCGCUGCUUUGGGGGCUGGCUUUGACUGCGCAUCCAAUGGGGAAAUUUCCCAGGUCCUCAGCAUUGGCGGUGUCGAUCCAUCGAGGAUCAUUUUCGCCAACCCUUGUAAAGCAACUUCCUUCGUGCGGAGCGCUGCAAGAGCCGGCGUUAACACUAUGACAUUCGACAAUGCUGAUGAAUUGUACAAAAUUGCACGUGCACACCCGGGUGCAAAACUUAUCGUUCGUAUUCUCGCGGAUGAUUCCAAAAGUAUCUGUCGGUUCGGUAUCAAAUUCGGAGCACCCCUUGAGGUUGUUCCCAGCCUCUUGUCGAAGGCUAAGGAGCUCGGGCUAGACGUGAUUGGGGUCAGUUUCCACGUGGGAAGUGGGUGCUAUGACCCAGCCAUCUACGGGGAUGCCAUUAGGCGCGCCCGCGACGUCUUCAUUAUGGGGUCUCAAGUUGGUUAUCAAUUCAGCCUUCUAGAUGUUGGCGGCGGUUUUGAAGAUGCACGAUUUGAAGCCGCCGCAUCUGUUUUGGUCGACGCCAUUAAUCAAUACUUCCCUGACCGAAAAGGUAUCAGGCUAAUUGCGGAGCCUGGCCGUUUUUAUGUGUCUAGAGCAUUUAACUACAUCAACGAUGGCGUGUACGGCGCGUUCAACUGCAUCAUGUUUGAUCACCAGACCGUGAACCCCUACGUCCUUUCCCUUGACGGAUCGUUCCACAUCUCUCCCUCGGAGCCUUUGUCACUCUGCAGCGUAUGGGGGCCGACGUGUGACUCUAUUGACUGCGUGUGCAAGGCAGUUGAACUGCCAGAGGCCCUUCAAAUUGGGGACUGGCUUGGUUUUGACAAUAUGGGUGCAUAUACUAUAUGCGCUGCGAGCCAGUUCAACGGAUUCAAGUUUAGUAACGUGAUCUAUACUACAAGCAAAGGUGGCGGAGACGAGGCUCGGCGUGUACUGUGCAAUUUUGCUGCGAAAGGAUAUGGACACGGUGCUGGACCUUACUAG